CUCAGCUAAAAAACGGCAAACAAGGACGCUCUGGCACCCCCGAUCGCCACGCGGCAUCUAAUCGAUCCGUCGUACCGAGCACGCCACCGCUGCGGCGCUGAAACUCGCGAGUGCAGGGCGCCUCCACACCUGGGCUGCCUAAGCGCCACAGCUGUGCGGGCGCAAGCGGUGCAGAGCUCACAAAUCGAUGCGCCGCGUCAUGGGCGCCUUCCUGAGCACCUUAGUCGGCGGCGCGAGACCGGUGCGCCACGCGACGGCGCCGGCGGCGGCCCGCUAUUUCGUGGUUGGCGACGUGCACGGCUGCCUCGACGAGCUCCAGGAUCUCCUGAGGAAGGCGCAGUACGACGACGGGGCGACGCGACUUGUAUUGGUAGGCGACCUUGUGAACAAGGGUCCCAAAUCGCUCGAGGUGAUCCGCUACUGCCGCGAGCAUGAAAUUUGGGCAGUGCGCGGCAACCACGACGACAAAUGUUUGCGGUUGUUCGAUGGGGUGGAUGAGUUGAAGGACGAGUAUUCGUAUGUGAGAGACAUGAGUACUGAUGAUGCGGCGUGGCUUCGUAACUUACCGCACACGCUCACGCUGCCGCAUGUCGAUGCAAUUGUUGUGCACGCCGGGCUGAGGCCCUCCACAAAGCUGGAGGACCAGUCUCCACAACACAUGACGACGAUGCGGUCCCUUGAGGGAGGCGCGCCUUCUGCAAAGCCCGGCGACGCGUCCUGGGCGGAACUAAGAGAUGAGGCGCCGCUCGUGAUCUUCGGCCACGACGCGCGGCGCGGUUUGCAAAAAUUCCCCUUCGCCAUCGGGCUGGACACGGGCUGUUGUUAUGGUGGUAAACUGACGGGCGUCUUCCUGCCCAGUCGUGAACUCGUGUCAGUGCCGGCGCGGCGGACGUACAGUGCGGCGAGGGGGUGAUUUGUUUAACUGUGGUAUUUGUAGA